CUCUUCGAGUGCAAGAGUCUGAGAGAAUAUAGUCUCAAUUCGACUGUCAAAAUGCCUCCCAAGGGCGUCUCGACUCGCCUCAACCCCGUCCGCCUGCAGACCAUCCCUCAUCUGCGGGUUCGGCGUCCGAAUCAACAUGAGCAGAAUCCCUGCGUGACGAUCAUGUCGUCUAUGCUGAGCUGCUGGGCAUCUUCUGGAGGCUCUGUGGAGGGCUGCGCAGCGUUGGAGCAACAAUUGAGACAAUGCAUGGAUGGCCCGAAACCCAAGGGCAACAAGAAGAACACCAUCAACUACCACCUUAUGAGAAUGUAUCCCAAGGUCGUCGGACCUCAGAAGAAGGAGGGUCGUCUUGGUUAAAACCAGCUCGUCCGAUGCAUUGCGAAUUUACAUUCCCUGUCGCAAAUAUCACACCAGUUACUUAUCCUUCGGUCCCAGGCUCGAUUUCGUCGGCGGUGGCUUGACAGAACAACAGAGCUCUGGAGAGCCCUGGGUUACGAACUGAGUUGUGCUUGACGGGAAAAAUCAAAACACUAUCACCGGAGUUUGGGUCUCGAUUUACGGCAAUGACAACUUAAGGCUGUGCUUUUAUAUCAGGGGAUGUGGGAGUUUGUAUAUGUAUCUGUACAUUAAUCUGCCAAUUCAUAUAUCUUGUUUGUCAUCAGCGCCUCGUGAUUGUACAGUUCAUACUGCCAUAUUCCUCCGGUGCUUCGACUGAGUACGAAGCUGUACCAUUUCAAUUUGAUGACUGGCACGCAAGACGUGGUUGUACUAGUUUGGUUGUAGAAUAGCAUGGCUAAAUUCAUUCAUUCUCGCAGACUCG